CCAGCAUCCACAGCUGAACUCUAACUUCCACAGCUGAAUCCCAACACCCAAGGAGAUAUUGCAGUCGAUUUCCAUCUUGAACAACUGACAUAGCUCGAUCCGAGACACUCCCGGCUCGAAAUCAAGAUCCCAGCGGGACAGGGAGCAAGGCUUCGACGACACAGGGAAGGAGCUGCGUAAUGCAUCCAAUCACAUCACAGCAAGGCCGCGGUGUCCGAUACGAAAUGUGUCCCAAACUUCCCACACUCGAGCUCCAAGCACAGCUUCACGCGCUGUAACCCCAACAUCAUGACGCGCGACUCACGGCAUAGCAGCCUCUGGAAGGGGCUGGCUUGUCUUCUUACGCUGCAAUCAUCCCUCGUCAAUGCGCAGGUCGCCGAGAUUGAGAAGGCCACCAACGAUAGCUUGCUAUGGGGUCCCUACAGGCCAAACGUCUACUUUGGCGUGCGACCACGCAUCCCCAACAGCUUGAUGGGCGGGUUGAUGUGGACGAGGGUCGAGGACUACAGGAGUGUGCAGCAGACCUUCCGCCACACGUGUGAGCAGCACGAGCUCGACGGCUAUGGCUGGGACGAAUACGACGUGCGAAGCGGCGGCCGCCAGACGAUCCACGACCCCGCCAACCGCAUCGACAUCACCACCGAGUUCAUAAAGUUCCCUGGCGGAGAGCACGGUGGCAGCUGGGGCGCGCGCAUCAAGGGCACGCCGCGAGACAAUGCCUCGCCAAACCUCCGCACUACGGUCGUCUGGUAUAACACGCUCGAAGGGCUGGGCAGUCUGGAAGUAGAAGACGCCGACACGGAAGAGACUGGCAUUGAGGGCGAUGUCGUGCUUAAAGGACAGACAACAGAGCUGGGCGACUUCGAGGUCAGAGUCACCGAGGGCAAGGGCAACCAUCCGCGGACAACCCACCCGAGUUACGACGAGAAGCCGCUGGAUCGCACGCUGGUCCAUAGUGGUCAGCUGCCGGCCAAGGCGCUGUGGCAGGUCAAGUCGAUCUUGUUCUCGCACAUGAAGGGCCAGAUCGACCUUCUGGUGGCCAAGUACCCGCAGGACAACCCGCCUCCUCCGGCCCAGGUGUACACCAUUCAACACUUGCCCGGCAGUGGGAACAUGCACUUGGUGCAGAAGAUCUUCGAGGGUCCCUUCGAAUUUGACGUCAUCUUCUCGUCUGCAUCUGCGCCCACCAAGAUCACGUCUGAGGACCUUGAUGUGCAGAUCAAGUCUGUGACCUCUGGCUUCGCAAAGCGUUUCACCGACAUCUUCAAGCCGCAGGCGCCAUUCCUCAAGGGCCGCUACGACGAAUUCUCUAAAUCGCUCUUUUCCAACCUGAUCGGUGGCAUUGGCUACUUUUAUGGCGAGUCUCGCGUCGAUCGCACUUACGACGAUGCCUACGAGGAAGAAAACGAAGGCUUCUGGGAAGAGGCCGCUGAAGCACGUGGCAGGAACUUGGCUGAGACUGACGGGCCAUCAGAGCUGUUCACUAGCAUCCCUUCUCGUCCGUUCUUCCCACGGGGGUUCCUCUGGGACGAAGGCUUCCAUCUUCUUCCCGUUAUUGACUGGGAUACCGAUCUAACCCUCGACAUCAUCAAGAGCUGGUUCCAGCUCAUGGACGAGGAUGGCUGGAUUGGCCGCGAGCAGAUUUUGGGUCCUGAAGCACACAGCAAGGUGCCUGAAGAGUUCCAGGUGCAAUAUCCUCACUACGCCAACCCGCCCACGCUUUUCAUGGUCAUCGCAUCCUUCCUCGACAAGCUCGAUGCGCAGGCUUCUGGCUCUAAUGAAAAUGUCCCACAUGACGAGUCGUACCACAGGCAGCUAGCAAAUCGCGAGGCAGCACUGCAGUACCUCCGCACUCUCUACCCACUACUCAAGCGUCACUACUUCUGGUUCCGCAAGACACAGGCCGGCGACAUCAAGAGCUACGAUCGUGAGGCCUUCUCGUCAAAAGAAGGAUACCGAUGGCGCGGCCGUACACCCCAACACAUCCUGACCUCUGGUCUUGACGACUACCCUCGUGCUCAGCCACCGCACCCUGGUGAGUUGCACGUCGACCUCAUCAGCUGGAUGGGUAUGAUGACACGCGCCAUCAAGCGGAUCGCCAUCUACCUCGACGACGAAGACGAUGUCGUCGAAUUCUCCAGAUACGAUGAAGCCAUCGUGCGUAACAUCGACGACUUGCAUUGGUCCAAAAAGGAUCAGACUUACUGCGACGCUACUAUUGAUGACUACGAGGAACACGCACUCGUCUGCCACAAGGGGUAUAUCUCCCUGUUCCCGUUCUUGACUGGCCUUGUGGACAAGGAUAGCCCGAGAUUGGGUGCUAUCCUGGAUUUAAUCGGCGACGAGGAGGAACUCUGGACGGAAUUUGGACUCCGAAGCUUGAGCAAGAAGAGUGAAUUCUACCACACGGCCGAGGAUUACUGGAGGGGGCCGAUUUGGUUGAACAUGAACUACCUGGCCGUGGUGCAGCUUCUUAAUGUCGCUCAACAGCCUGGACCUCAUCAAUCGCGCGCAAAGACGCUGUACACGGAGCUACGCAAGAACCUUGUCGGGACCGUGUAUGAGAGCUGGAAGAAAACGGGCUUUGCGUGGGAACAGUAUAAUCCUGAGACAGGCAAGGGACAGCGCACACAGCAUUUCACCGGGUGGACUAGCUUGGUUGUUAAGAUUAUGGCUAUGCCUGAUCUUGAUGGUGGGAAAGUCAGGGAUGAGUUGUGAGGAUGGGAAGGGAUAAAAAGUAAAAACUCAAAACGGAGAUGGCAAGAUAGGGAUGAACAGGCGGAGAAGUGUAUGAGGUUGGAAGUACGCGUGUUGGCCAAGGUGCGAUUGUAUUUUUUAUACGCAUAGAAUCUGACACACAACUUCAAUUGCUCUUACAAGUAAAGGAAGACAAGGAGACUACAAAUACUUAUUUGCGGGGAAGUUUCAAAUAAUGUCACGAACUC